AUGGAAGACUCUACGUCAGCAGAUGAACUCCGUGAAGAUACCCUGCAGCUCAAAAAGGAUCUGGAGAAAAUCAUUGAAAAUAUGGAAGACAUGUCAGUGCAAUUGACAUGGAUGGCUUAUGACAUGGUUGUAUUGCGCACUUGCCCAGAGCUGAGAGAAUCGCUGAAGAAACUUGAGGAUGAGUACCUCAAGUGCAAAAGUGUUAUUUGCAGCCCUGCAGCCAAGACAAAUCUUGAGGAGUUGUCUGCAACCAUGGAUUAUGGUGGCACUGAAACAAAGACUGAUUAUGUUGUCCAAAAGAAUGAUUUCUGA